AUGAGCAGCGAGUUGCAAUCAUGGGCGCUCCCACGCCUUGGCCGCUUGUUGCCUCUCGAUGAUGACUCGCUCAGGGAGGUGGUUGCCUACUCAUCAACCCUCUCCAAAGACUCGGCCGCUGAACACCUGAAGAACCUGCUCGGCGACUCUCCACAGGCGCUGGAGUUCAUUUCGUCGUUCAAUGCACGUCGAGGAGGCAACGCUUCACAAUCCUCAGGCGGCGGCGGCGGCUGGGCGGAGGCAUCUGGAGUGCCCAAAUCACAGAAGAAGGGCCUCAAGAAAGUGAAGCCGCCCCUCCAUGCUGCAGGCCCGGUACGUCGUCCAGAGGGAUACGGGGAUGUCGUAGGCGGAUACACAAAACAGUACGACAGCGAUCCGGAUUUCGGCGCUGGUCAUAAUAAUCGACCCGUCUCGAGAGACCGAAAUGCUCCGCCCAUGUCCUCGACACCUGAUGCUCUUCAACUGCCCCGAUAUACGGCGGGUGGGCGGAGUCCUGGUUCCUCUGCCGCCUCUCGGGACACGUCACCCGGGAGGAAUCCUCAGAAACUCCCCCCAUCAGCGUCCGGGAAUCUGAUAUCGGAUUUUGGAUUUGCCAAUGUUCGGUCAAAACAAUCUAAGAAGCCCGCGCACGCCAGUCACUCCCAACCACAGUCUGGCACUUCUACGCCCCAUAGGGGUGGUGCUACGACGACCACGUCGAGCGUUGCGGACCUCACUGCCGCAAUCGCAGCGCUGGAGCUGUCUACAAAUCCAACCCUGUCAACACAGAGGAGAAAAUGUCCUUGCAAUGCUUCCAUACAUCCACUUUUUACGACCGCGCCCAACUGUCUGAAUUGUGGCAAAAUCAUCUGUGCCCUCGAGGGACUCCAGCCUUGCUCGUUCUGUGACUCACCGAUAUUAACAAAAGACCAGGUAAAUGCUAUGAUCAAGGCGCUGAAGGAAGAGCGAGGGAUUGAACGCAUGGCUGUCCAUAAUGCCGGACAAUCCGUGUCAGGUCGAGGCACACCCAUUUUCGGCGCAGCAACACCGGAGAGUGGCUCAGGCGAUGAAGCUUCCUCUGCCGCAGCGCGGGCACGAGCGCACCGAGAUAAACUGUUGGCAUUUCAGAGAGAGAAUGCUCAACGAACCCGCGUCCACGAUGAGGCUGCUGAUUACGACGCGACUCUUACGCCCGGGACUACGCAAUGGAUGACCCCUGUUCAGCGAGCUGCUGCGCUCAAAAAGCAGCAAAAAUACCUUCGAGAACUCGAAGAAGCGAACCGACCGGAGUGGGAGAAGCAAAAGACAGUCAUGAGCAUGAGCAUCAAAAACGGGAAACUGGUGAAGACGUAUGAGCGGGAGAAAGCACCUGCUCCGGCACAGGAGAAAGAGAACCAUGCUGGCUCCGAAACUGAAGGCGAUGGAGCUGAAGAUCAACACCUGUCUUUGAGUGAGACUGGUCGGAAAGGGGCCUUCAGCAAUAACCCACUGCUUGCAAGUGGGAAACUCAUACGGCCAGUCUGGAAAGCACCAGAGGGGAGCGAUACAGACAAAGGAAAGGGUCGCGAGACGGAAAGGAAGAGUGUGUGGAGGAGGGUACAGGACGACAAUGAGGACAACGAGCAAUGGGUCCUGGAUGGAGGGCUGCACGGCUAUGGGACAGAGACCAGAUUGAUGGAGGACCAGCAAGAGGGCGGCUGGUGA